UGUAGUGAGGGGGCAGCGGCGUUACCAUGGCGCUCGCGAAUAAAGGCGCGCAUGCAACCUCACUUUUGAAGGGCCAGAGCGAGCGCGCGCGAUGACCGGCACGGUCAAACAGCACGUCUAUUAUCAUCAUCAUCAUCGUCGUCGCAUUUCAUUCCCGUAACAGCAGCACGCUGAUGGCCGCGGGUCCGGAUUCUGCCCGUCACCACCACCUGCGCGUGUGUUCGGGCUAAAUGGAGGAACGGUGCGGACUUUCGUUCUCCUCCUCCACGAGCGCUCGGCUCGAACAAAACGGGCUUUGUGGGUUUGUUCCCGUGGUAAUCCGACUUUAUUCCAGGGGAAAUCUGAACGCCGUUUGGGAUUAGGCGGUUACUAGGGUAAAUGCGUUACGGUGCCGGUCGCGAGCUCGGUCUUUUGUUUAAAACAGAGUGACGUUUUCUCCGGAGAAGUCUCGCGCUCGGUCUCAGUCUCGAGUGAAAACUACCUGGCGCGGAAUCACUCCGUUCUCCAGUGCUGCUAUGAGUUCCUGGCUGCUUACAUACUGUAACCUCGUUCUCCAUAGUGCGGUGCUCAUUGCUCUGUUCGCUUUUGCAUCCUCUCAUUCGGCUGAUAAUAAGUGUGGGUCACCUCUCGUCUCGACGUGUCAAGAAUGCCUGAGCCGUGGACCAGCUUGCGCCUGGUGCUUUCAGAAGAGCUUUCUGGAUGGAACGCAUAUUAGCGAGAGGUGUGAUUCUGCUGCUCAGCUCAUGCUUAAAGGCUGCGGGGAGGAGUUUAUCGAGAAUCCUGGAGUUAAAGUGGAGGUAAACAUGACGGUGAGCAGCUCACAGGUGACUCCUCGAGACAUCUCCAUCCAGCUACGGCCAGGCAGUGAGGCAAGCUUCAUUGUGGAAGUGAAGCAGUUGGAGUUGUAUCCAGUAGACCUGUACUACCUGGUGGACGUCUCUGCCUCCAUGCAGGAGAACCUGGACCGGCUGAAGACCGUCGGAGUGACUCUUUCCCACCGCAUGAAGGAACAUUCCAGCGAUUUCCAAGUGGGGUUUGGAUCAUUUGUGGACAAGCCAGUCUCUCCCUAUAUCGAUGUGCAUCCUUCGAAAAUCAAAAACCCUUGCAGUAAUUAUGAGUUGCAGUGCCGGCCAGCCCACGGCUUCAUCCACGUCCUGCCCAUCACCGACAACAUGACAGAGUUCAAGCAUGUGAUUCAGCAGCAGAGGAUCUCUGCGAACAUGGACACACCAGAGGGAGGCUUUGACGCCAUGCUGCAAGCAGCUGUGUGUCAGAAAGACAUUGGCUGGCGACCUGAGGCUAAGCACCUGCUAUUGGUCAUGACCGAUCAGCCAUCUCAUCUGGCACUGGAUAGCAAACUGGCAGGCAUCGUGGUGCCCCAUGACGGGCACUGUCACCUAGAAGACGGCAUUUAUUCCCAGUCCGCCUACAUGGAGCAUCCAACCAUCGGGCAGCUGGCAGAGAAGCUUCUAGAAAACAGCAUUUACUCCAUAUUUGCUGUGAAUCAGAUGCAAUAUAAGUGGUAUGAGGAUUUGGUGCCUAUUCUUCCAGGUACUUACCUGGGCAGGCUACUUCCCAAAGCCUCUAAUCUUACAAACCUUGUGGUUGAUGCAUACAAGAAACUCCUAUCAGAUGUCGGAGUGGAGGUGGAGGUCGAGGACAGAGAAGCACACAGAUUCUGGGUCAGUGUAACAGCAGUUUGCCCAAAUGGAUCCACUGCGGCAGGAAGCAGCAAAUGCACCAACGUUCAACCCGGGCAAAAAGUCUUCUUCAACAUCACAGUGGGAAUGCGAGCAUGCCCAGAAAAGGAUGAUGCACUGCAGAAAGAAAAUGAGCCUGAGGUGAUGUUGGUGGUGAGACCUGUGGGAUUUAACGAAUCCAUGACUGUGCGAGUGCGGCAGGCCUGUGUAUGUAGCUGUGGUGGGGCAGGACCUUGCAAUGACAAUCCAGAAACUUCCCUCUGUGUGUCUGGAGACGAUCCAGGAGUUGAGGGGAGUUUGAUGGACAGCUGCCGAGAUGUGAAGACAGGCCUGAUGUGUAGCGGCAGGGGAACAUGUGUGUGCGGGGCGUGUGUGUGUGACCUGAGCAGCCUUGGGACCAUCUACGGAAAGUUCUGCGAGAAGGACGACUUCUCCUGUCCCAAUGAGAGGGGUCUAAUGUGUGGAGGACAUGGCCAGUGCAUCGCAGGGGAAUGCUCAUGUCAGCCUGGCUGGAUGGGUGAGAGUUGUGGCUGCCCUGUCUCCACAGAAAGCUGCGUUUUGUCUGAUGGCUUGAUGUGCAGCGGGCACGGAAAGUGUGUCUGUGGCAAGUGUGUGUGUGAUCACCCCCGACGCUCUGGAGCGUUCUGUGAGAAGUGUGCCACCUGUGUAAACUCCUGUCAGUCACACUGGAGUUGUGUGGACUGCCACCUGUCUAAAGGCUUCGCAGCAAACGAUACACAGCAAUGCAACAGAAGUUGCACUUCACUGGUGGCCUAUGUUGAUGACAUUACUGAGCUGAUCAGAGGGAAGUACUGUCUGUACCACAGCAGGGAGCAGUGCGUCAUCAGGUUCCAUGUGGACAUGGCCUCACACGGACCACAGCUACAGAUUAGCAGGCAUGCUGAGUGUGUGUUCAGCCACCGGUACUUUAAAACCUUCCUCAGUGUUUUCCUCCUCACCGUAGUUCUGGGUCUGGGAAUCCUGGCUGUAGUGCGUUUACUGCUCCGCACCCAGAACUGGUCGCUGAGGGGACACGUCAUGGAGCAGUUUGACGACAGCAAUAAGAACCUGUCAUAUGCACCCACCCCCAGUGAGAAGACGAUAACCUACAGGCGGGACUGUCUCCCUGACCGGCCCAUGGAGAUGCACGUUCAUGUUCACAAAAUGCCCCUGCACGACAUCUUUCCAUGACAGGCAGAGAACAAGAAAGAAAGGAGGUGAACAAGAGCAAUAAGCAAAUGAAUGCACACUUGUUUUCCUAAAACACACUCCAUGGGGUUAUUUUUGUGUGUGUUUUUUUUGUGUUUGUGGUUUUUGAGUUGAUUUCACUCCUUUUGCAUGAAGUGGAAAUUUAUCUGGGUCUCUCUGGUACUUAUGGUACUUUAUAUAACUUAUACAGCCUCUGCUAUAAAGUGACAUCUGCCUGUUUAUGUUAUUGUACGCCUGUGUGACAGGCAAAGGUACUGGAUCUGGGUUUUAAAUUAACUUUAAAAAAUUGUUUUAUUUAAGUUUAUACUGUUUAUUUAAGUCAGUUUGUCGCAAUGUAACACUACCAUUUUUUCCCGCACCACUACGUCACAGCCAUAGCAGACCUCAAGUUUAAGCCAGUUCCUUUUUUAAUGGAUGGUGUUAGACUGCCACUUAGUGGAUGAUAUAGACAUGACCAAGAAAUGCUUUGAUUUACAAUUAAGUGGCAUGUUCAGUAGGUACUUCAUAUUGGUAUGGAUCACUGGUUCCCGACCGUGGACCAAGACAACGCCUUUCAUGCAUGCUUGAGUGUUUUCCCUGUUCUAACACACCCACGUCAGCAUAUUAGUUGAAGUGGGUGUGUUAAAGAAGACAAUACAAAGUUGGACAGGGGGCUCUCCAGAACCACAGCUGGAAACAGGUGUUAAAUAAAAGUAUGUGAUUUCUAUGAGUCCUCAUUUAACCAAUUGUAUAGUUACUAUAUGUAUGUAAAUAUAUGUUGUACUAUAUCUAUGGAGAGCAUUUGAAUCAGAUCUAGUGUACAGAGAUGAGUACGUCAUACUUACAGUAAUUACUGCACUUUGUCUAUCUCAAAUAAUAUUUUACUUUGAGAUUUGCUGUCAAAACUGGAAUUUUACUGUAUGGGUGGUUCAUGUCGUGUCUUUGUUCCUCACUUGGGUUACUGUAUUUCUUAAGAGAUGUGUGUGUGUGUGUGUGUGUGUGUGUGUGUGUGUGUGUGUGUGUGUGUGUGUGUGUGUGUUUGUUUGCAAAUGUGAAUUGCCAAGUGAGUUGCACUUGUGUGCAUCAAACUACUGAAGUUCAGCGAUGCUCCUUCUCCAUGAUUUGACGCAGUCCUGAUACAGAGUCGAGGUCUGUUGGAUGUUCCAAUUUUUCCUUUCCCAUAAACUAGUUUAAACACUGUUUACAAUCAAACCUUCCAACACUAAGAAGUUUAUUUAUUAACUUGAUAUCUUUUAUUUUUGUUAGUAAUAGAUUUGACUUUUGACUGCUCUGUAGAAUGUUGCUGUUAAGAAAUUAACUGCUAUUAGUGCAUAUUUCUCAUGCACUAUUAAUAUGUGUAGUUUUGUAUUUGUAUAUGUAGGUCCUAAAACACUAAAUAAGUAGAUUUGUGAUUUUUACUUGAACACAAUACAACCAUUGAUAGUCUGUGUGGCAGCCAGAUCACUGAAUAAUUGGGCAUUAGUACUGUUCAAAACAUUGUAGUGUUUGUCUGUUGUUGUUUUUAUUUGAUUUUACAUGCCUUGAUUCAAUAAAAAUCCCAUCCCUUGCAUUGUUUUUUUUUUUUUUUUUUUUUUUUUUUUUGCUAUUUCAUGUUUUCAGUGCUUGCGUAUUAAUAAAGAUAGAUGACCUGA